AUGCCAACGAAUGGGAUCCACCAGGUGCUGAAGAUCCAGUUCGGGCUGAUCAACUGCGAGAGUCGGUACCUGACGGCCGAGAGCUUUGGCUACAAGGUGAACGCCUCGGCGCCCAGCCUGAAGCGCAAGCAGAUCUGGACGCUGGAGCAGGAUGAAGCCGACAGCUCCGUCGUCUUCCUCAAGAGCCACCUGGGCCGGUACCUGGGUGCCGACAAGGACGGGAAGGUGCGGUGCGAGGCCGAGCAGCCGGGCCGGGACGAGCGCUUCAGCAUCAUCACGCAGUCAGACGGGCGCUGGGCGCUGCAGUCGGCCCCGCACCGGCGCUUCUUCGGGGGCCGGGAGGAUCGUCUGUCCUGCUUCGCCCCCAGCGUGACGGAGGGCGAGCUCUGGACCGUGCACUUGGCCAUGCACCCCCAGGCCAACCUGCUGAGCGUCAGCCGCCGCCGCUACGCCCACCUCAGCGCCCACGAGGACGAGAUCGCCACCGACAGCAACCUGCCCUGGGGGGUGGAUGCUCUCAUCACCCUCUGCUUCCAGGACAAGAAGUACAACCUGCGCACGGCCGACGAGCGCUACCUGCGCUGCGAUGGCACGCUGGUGCCCGAGCCCGGCGCCCGCACCGGAUACACCCUGGAGUUCAAGGCCGGCAAGUUGGCUUUCAAGGACUGUGAUGGCAAAUACCUGGCACCCACCGGGCCCACCGGCACCCUCAAAUCCGGCCGCAGCUCCAAGCCGGGCAAAGACGAACUCUUUGACCUGGAGGAGAGCCAUCCCCAGGUGGUCUUCACGGCGGCCAACGGCAGAUACGUCUCCAUCAGGCAGGGCGUCAACGUCUCGGCCAACCAGGACGAGGAGCUGAACCACGAGACCUUCCAGCUGCAGAUCGACCGCGACACCAACAAGUGCAGCCUCCACACCAACACCGGCAGCUACUGGACGCUGGUGGCUCACGGGGGCAUCCAGGCCGUGGCCACCGAAAUCGCUGCCAACACCAUGUUCGACAUCGAGUGGCGCGGGCGGCGCGUGGCCCUGCGCGCCAGCAACGGCCGCUACGUCUGCACCAAGAGGAACGGGCAGCUGGCGGCCGUGAGCGACGCCGUGGGUAAGUGCCAGGGCUGGGUGAGGGUCUCGGUGUCACCCCCCAGCAGCCCCGGGGGUGCUCAGGGGCCAGGAUUCCACGCAGGGGAGGACGAGGAGUUCACGCUGAAGCUGAUCAACCGCCCGAUGCUGGUGCUGCGGGGCGAGCACGGCUUCGUCUGCUGCCACCGCGGCUCCAACCUCCUCGACUCCAACCGCUCCGUCUACGACGUCUUCCACAUCAGCUUCAGCGACGGCGCCUACCAGAUCCGAGGCCAGGGGGGCAAGUUCUGGUACGUGGCCAGCAGCGGGUCGGUGUGCAGCGACGGGGACCUCUCCGAGGAUUUCUUCUUCGAGUUCCGGGCGCGGGGCCGCGUGGCCAUCAAAGGGAAGAACGGGCGGUACCUGCGCGGGGACCCGGCCGGCACCCUGCGCGCCGACAGCGACUCCGUGCUGCGGGCCACGCUCUGGGAGUACUGA